AUGGUUCGGAUUUCUAUUCUGCUGACCUUUGCGGCGGCCGCUGCAGCGCUGCCCAAUGCAGAGCCUGCCGCACUGACUAAACGCGGUAAAAAUCACUGCAAACCUCAUAGUGUCGAUGUCUCCAACCCGGAGGGCACUGAAUUCUGUCGCCAUCUGCUGCACCUUCCAUGCAGAACCUCUACGAGAACUGUGACGCCGCCCUGCAAGACCGUCAGCGUCACUAUGGUGCCGACCGUGACCAGAUGGACCACUUCUUCCAUUGUUCGACAGAUCACACGUACUAUCACCAGGGGAGUGACAUUGACACACCCGGCUCCUUCAGCCACGACCGUCACCCAGACAUUGCCGGCCACGGAAAUCAUUUCAGAAUAUCUGUCGGCAACUGUCACAGAAACGGCCACCAAUACCAUCGCCCUGACUGCAACGGAGAGCGUUGAUGUGACAGUGACGGAGACUGAACCGCAGUCGUUAUUUGAGACGGAAUAUAACACCAUCACCAGUGACGAUUGGGUGACAUUGACCGAGUCUAUCACACAGACGUCGACUGCCACGGUCUUGGACCCUACCACAGUCACUGUGCCCGUUACUGUCACCGUGAGGGCUCCUGCGAAGCGUCAUCAUCGCCCCCAGACACCUUAUCCCACCCCUACCAGCCUAAAGAAUAUACCCAAGCACGUUCUUAGCAAAGCGUGCUCAUCUUUACAUCUUGGCCCCUGCACGACAACGGCUACGAGGACUAGGACUCUGCCACAGAUCACUAAAACGGAGAUCAUCCACAAGCCGGGCGAGACCUCGACAAGAUACCGCACAGCAUACGUGUAUCGCAAACAAACAACCUAUGUUACCAAGUUCAUCACUGCGAUCACAACGGCCCAACCAACCGGCCCACUUACAGAGACAGUCAGCAUCACAGUCACUGCAACGUCCAUAGAGACACUACCAGCUCUUUCUACCGCUACGCUGACGGAGACUGUCGAUGUCACUUCAGCCGCAACAGUUACCGCCACCGCCACAGAGAUAAUCACUGUCACCCAACCAACAACAAUCCAGAUAACCAUUGCGACCACUGUCCAUAUUCCCCAGACGGAAAUGGUAACAGAAACCAUCGAUGCCACCGCCACAGAGACCGUGGAAACCACCCUCACAGCAACCGCAACCGCUACCUACACGCAACCGCCAAGAUGCCCCAAUCUCAUCAAGAACGGUGACUUUGCAGUUCCAAACCUCAAUAACUGGGCAAUCGAUGAGAUCGGAGGAAAAGUGUCGAUGGCUGGCGUGGGCGGCGGUGGCUAUGCCGCCCUCCUAUAUGGAUCGGGAUCCAAUCUCGCCUCGGUGUCCAUGAGCCAAAUCGUAUCAACCGUCCCCGGGACGAUUUACAAAUUCAGCGUCGAUCACAAGAACCAGUACAAGAAGCCCGGCAGUUAUCUUACUUGCACUUUCCUCCCUGCUACUCAGGUCUUCAGCUUCAACCUGGAUACCACUGUCACCGGCAGUUGGACUCAUUUUGAGAGCCCGGUUCUCGCCACCAGCACUUCACUCCAAGUUCGGUGCCGAUUGGUCACGAACAAUGCUGCGAUGAUCAAUUUGGAUAACUUCAAACUUCGUGCUUGUGAUGAAUAG